UUGUUUUCGUCAUGUGUGUAAUGGUAUCAGGAUGUGAUUAGCAAAUCAAGUAACAACCUAAUGGCCAACCUAGAAAUCCGGUCGAUCCUAUAAACGAAAAUGAAAUGUUUUCGAUGUGGAACAAAUCUAAAACGGCCUGCGAAGGUAAAUUUCCCAAAGGCUGCAUCAAUGACUUCAAACAGAGGUCACUGUAACGCUUAUAUGAAAGAUGUAUCGACAAAAUCCUCAAUUGAAUCGCAAUACAUUCGAAACCUUCAAUAUCAGAUUUAUUAUCUGGAAAUGGAGUCGCGAUAUCUGCGAAAGUUACUUGCCGAUCAGAAAGUACCAGAAAGGCCAUGUAAAAUAAGUGAUGAUUGUGCACAAGAUUUACCUCAAUGUGUAAGAACUAAAUCUAAUAAACAAUAUAUCUGCGAACAUGAUGACGGUGAUAUGUUAAAGAAACUUAACAACAUGAGAAUGGAUACUGACAUUGAAAUCCAUCGCCUGAAACAGAAAUUGGCUGAGAAAGACGAAAAAUUGGCAGACAUGGAAAAAAAAAUGGAAGAACUGAAGUUAACCGCUUCGAAACACGUUCACAAUUUGAAAUCGAUCGAAGACAAUUACAAAUGCUCUCAAACUCUCAUAGAAAAGAUGGUGACAGAAAAAAAUGAACAAGACCGGGUCAAAAGUGAAUUAUUUGAUGCAAAUGAAAGAUUGCAACACUUGGAAUCCAGCAAGAAGCUACUUAGUGAAAGCAAUGAAAGGUUACGUAUAGAAAGUUCCAAUUAUAUACGGGAAAUAUCAGAUUUAAAGAAUCGUUUGGACAUGUGUUGGAGUGAAGUUGAUACCAAGAACAAAAGGCUAGAGCAAUGCUUGAGUGAACUUCAAGAGAUGGCCAAUAUAAAAAGCGAAAAAGAAUUAUAUGCUAGACGAAUAUCGGAAUGCAUGGAUCAAGUUGCAAAGUUACAGAGUCAGAAUAAUGAACUGGAAAAUAUUUUAAAAAUGGCAAAUGCAAGGAAUGUAGACAUGGAAACUAGGAACAGGGGUAUGUUGAAGGAGAAGGAAAUGUUAAAUGAAGACAAGAGGUUAUUAUUAAAUAGAAUGGCAGAGGAAGAAAAGAAAAUAGAAAGAUUAAAAGAAGCGAAUUACGAACUGCAUAAAAAUCAAUCGAAUUUAGACAAAAAACUGAAAAGUGUUGAAGAAUUGAAGGAUUUACAGAACACAUUGCACAAACAGAAGUGGGAAGAAUUUGGUUUGCUGGCUAAUUCCAUGCACUCUUUAUCCCAAACAAUGUCAGCACAGACAUAGAAUAGCUAGAUCUGCACAUUAAAAAAUAUAUACGCUAAGGAAUUUGAAGUCUACUACACUGAAAUAACUAAGAAUCUAUAAGAAGAAUAAUUAAACAAAUAAAAUUUCAUAAAAAAAGAUAUUAGAAGACAUAUUUUUUAUAUAAUAUACAGUAGUCUCUGGGAGGUAAUUAAUUAUUUCAUUCCUGUGAUUCCAAUAUGAAUAGGCAGCAGGUGAAUUCUUGGAAGAUGGUACUAUGUGUACAUUGCGGUGUCCAAAAAAUCCACUACCACCACCAAGCAAGCUUUGUGCAAUUUCCGGUUUAGUCGACGACGACCCGACCAUGCCAGAGGUUGUACUGGGUUAUGUUACCAGCAAAGCUGUAGAAUAUUUACCACCUAAACUCACAUAAACCAGGGAGAAAUCAAGCACAUUUAUACUAGUUUGGCCUAAUCUGCUACCUGGACAUGCCAGAAGGCAAGCAAUUGAAAUGUUACAUGAAUGAACGUGCUUAGUGAACGUGCACAUUGUUGCGCAAGGUUCUAUAAAGGGAUGACAACUUUCUGACAAGAAGGACCAAAGUGCAUAUAUGUAUAUAAAGAGAAAAAUUUUUGAAAGUGA